CUCAGCUGCGAGGUGAAAUAGCUGCCGCACCGCCUUCCUGGCACAGUUUCACCUGUUUCUUGUUUUCCUGACGAGUCAGCUUCUUGCGCCACAGCUGCGCAAACCCCUCUCUCUCGCUCUUCGACGCCGCCGCAUCAGCGCCGCCGCUCACCCAGGAUCGGACGAACGAAAAUAGGACCGGAGGAAGCGCCGGCUAGUCCACACAGGGGCGCCCAGCCCAUAAUCCACACAGACAGACCCCCUCCACCGCUCCAGUCGGUAGGAGGCGGAGUUCGCAGCCACUGCCCGCACCAGGCGCGAGAAGGAGCAAGUUCUCACGCGGACAAGGCCAGGAAAGCCUUCUGCAGUCGAUCCGCCGUAGGUACCCAAACUAGGGAACCGAAUUUCGACGAGAAACCGACGUCGUACGGUCGUCUAGCGUAGAGACAGACGAUUUCUAUUUCCCCGAAGCCCUCCCUAUCUGUCAACAUUUCAUUUUCCCAGGAAUUCGAUCUCAACGAAUUUCUGCAAUGUGUACCGCUUACCUCGCCAGUUUUACCCUCGAAAACAUUAUGGACAGAAAAGACCCCGAAUGCUCACGUGGUCCGGGAGGACUUUCGUUCCGGCUCCUUACGAGCCAACCAAGGAGAAGGCCUCGUGGUGCGACGGUCUGACAAUGUCACCUGCUCCCAGCGUGACACCGGUGUCAGUUCCACCUGCGCUGGACCUAUCCCUGCUGGAGUUUAGCCCUGAUAUCUUCAGUGGCCCUCAACCUCCUGGAACCGACUCCACUGACACUGAUCUUUUUCACUCCCUCCUGGCCGAACUAGGCCCGGAGAUAUUCUCUCUUACUCCGUCCAACCCCUCCCUCCCUCUCCCCCACUCCCCCAUGCUUGUACACACCCCUCCCCCUGCUCAAGUACCCCUCUGCCCCCCUACACCGUCGCCCUCCCUCACACCUACAACCCCUUUCUCUUCGACCUACUCCUCUGCCCCAUCCUCAGUUCCAGAAGCUCCUGCACACGACACGGAAAUCGACGAUCCGUUCCUGGUCAGUUUCGCUGACCUUGACGGACUCCUGAAAGAUUCAACUCUAUUCGAAAACCCCACGUCUGCUUCUCCCUGUUCCGAUGUACCAUUCGUCUUCCCUCUGCAAGAAGACGGACUACUGCAAGACUUGUCCGAGUGUAUGUCUCUUUGUUCGCCGUCUCUCUCCCCACACUGUGACACCCCACUCACCCCAGUUUCUCUUGACCUCCCUCAGACAAACCCCACUCUACUGGCUUCCUUGCCUUCCCCCGAGGCAUCCAUCCUUCAUGAUCACACCUACACAUCCUCCCUCUACAGCUCUACGAAACGCUGGAAAUACUUCCAGAAAGCGAAAGGUUUCAACAACCGACUCGCUUCUCUCGCCCGUUUCUACCGAUUCCGAAUGCCCUCCUCCGAAACAGAAGAAAUCUCUGGUGAAGGACGACCAAUACCACUCCCGUCGUCAGAAGAACAACGUGGCCUCGCAGGUGUCCCGCUCCAAGCGGCGGGUGAGAUACCGCAAUCUCGACUCUCGAGUCACGGAACUCAGAAGGCCAAUGCUGAACUCCGAGAGAGAGCGAGGCAGAUGGAGGCCGAGGCCGAGGCACUGAGAAAGAAACUUGUACAGAAACUCUCUGCGUGAAUUUUUACCUAUUUGUAUUUUUGUGUUUAGCACAAUUAAUAUUUUGACCACUUUAUUGCUGCAGAUAUAAACGUGAUAAAAUCAGAGCCUAAAAGCAUGCGAAAGGUCCAGUUGCUUGUGACAACUCGUCUAAGAGAGCCACGUAUAAUAUAGUUAAUGGGUUGGGUG